UAGACGUACGUGAUCCGAAAAAUAACCGUCUACCUUAAACUCUUCUGGCUAAAUGAAGUGGCAGAGUGCUAGUUCAGUGUUUGACACCGCUUUGUAGACCUUAUAAACUUUUAGCUUUAAUGUUAUAUAACGUCGGAAUGGUCUUUUCUCGUCAUAACUAACAGUUUCGGAAUAUGCGGCCUGUUUAAAUUUGGCGCUGCUCGCUCCGCCGUACAAACAUUACCUCGGGCUAGCACGUUAGCUAACUAGCAUAGCCAUGCUACUGUAGCCGAGACAGCAACACUACGAAGAAUAAAAGUUUUUGUUUGCCGUCGGACUUUUCACAGAUGUGUUAAAAUGCAGGUGACGGACAUCGGAAACAAAGAAGAAGGAAAAGUCUGGCAUCGCAAACCGACACCAGUGAACGGGGUUUUAGCAACAGUGAUCCGCAGCGCUUAUCAGGCCAAGACGGUGCGUUUCCUCCAUUUGACCUUUGACACCACCGGAGACUCCUUCCUUGCAGGAGAUCACCAUGGCAACAUCUAUGUCUUCGAUAUCAGCAGGAACAGGUUCCGUCUGGUGCAGAAGACGGGUCAGGCCUGCACCGCUCUGGCAUUCAGCCUCCGUAGAACCACAGAGUUCCUGGUUGCUUUGGCCGACUACACCAUUAAAUGUUUUGAUAAAGACACGAAGCAGCUGGUGAGUUGGAUGCGAGGCCACGACGGCGCCGUUUCCUCCAUCUCCGUUGACAGUUCGGGUCGUUACGCUGUCACCACCUCAUCAGACACGGCUCAGCUCUGGGACCUGGACACGUUCCAGAGGAAGAGGAAGCUCAGCGUCAGACAGUCUGUCGGCGUUCAGAGGGUAUUUUUUCUUCCUUUUACCAACACCAUCCUCAGCUGUUUCAAUGAUGACUCCAUCUUUGCCUGGGAAAGCGACACACUGUUCUGUAAAUAUCAGCUGCCGGUUCCAGACUCUGGACCCAGGAUCUCCUACAAGGCCUUUGCCAUCACACGGGAUGGGCGGAGUCUGGUGUGUGGUGGGCGGUCCAACCUGCUCCACCUGUGGUGUUUGGACAGUAAACAGCUGAUCCGGGUCAUUCAGAUGCCGACUCAGGUCCGAACUGUCAGACAGAUGGAGUUCCUGCCGGACAGCUUCGAUGGCGGAGCCAGCCAGACGCUGGGCAUACUGAGCCAAGAUGGUGUCAUGCGUUUCAUCAACAUCCACACCUGUAAACUUCUCUUCCACAUUGGUUCCCAUGACAACGCCAUCACCUCGGUGGCAGUUGGCCCUAAUGGCAGACAUGUGGCGGCCAUCAUGGAUAACGGAAGCAUCAACAUCUACAGCGUCCAGAGUCUCACAGAGGAGCUGAAUAAGGCUCCGCCCUCACAGGUGGCGGUUGUCUCAGGCGCACACGCAGGUCAGACGCUGUUGAACCUAAAGGUCAAAGUGAGGACAGAGGUCAAGCGCAGACCAGGUCAGAGUUCAGGUAGACGGGUCAUCGGAGCGCCGGCUGAGGAUAAAGAGAAUGAACUUCCAGCUGGUCUGAGUCAGAGGAGGCUGGUGGCUCUGCUCAAGACCUUUGGACAGUAUCCUGAUAAAUACAGGAUGUUUGUGUGGCGUUGUUUACUGCGUCUCCCAGAGAACCACGCAGCAUUCAGCAGUCUGACCGACAAAGGCCUACACCCAGCCUUCAGCAGCCUGGAGCACAGAUACCCCAUCAAAAGCCCUAAACUGCACAGGGGGCUGCAACGGGUUCUGUCUGCUUUAGCUCACUGGGCGUCCAUCUUUGCAGAGGUGGAGUACCUUCCACUUGUGGCAUUUCCCUUCGUGAAGCUCUUCCAGAACAACCCCAUGCUCUGCUUCGAGGUGGUGGCCACCAUCAUUGUGAACUGGGGUCAGCAUUGGUUCGAGUACUUCCCCAACCCUCCUCUGAACAUCCUCAGUAUGGUGGAGAAUGUCCUGGCUCAUCACGACAAAGAGCUGCUGCAGCAUCUGGUGGACUGUGGCGUCACCUCACAGCUGUAUGUGUGGCCUCUGCUGGAGACGUUGUUCUCAGAGGUUCUGACCCGGAACGAGUGGCUCUGCCUGUUUGACAACGUGUUCUCCAACCCGCCGGGCUUCCUACUCAUGGCGGCCGUGGCCUAUGUCAGCUGCUGCCGGGAGCCUCUGCUGCUCUGCGCCCACAAACAGGACUUCGAGUAUUUUUUUCACCAUCGUAACAACCUGGACGUGGGAGCCAUGAUUAAGGAGACGUAUCGGCUGAUGAGCAACACGCCGGCCCACAUCCACCCCAGAACGCUACUCUCUGACUUCACACCACUGACCAGGGGCCAGUACCCAGUCUUCAACCAUUACCCAGAAUUCAUAGUGGAAUACCAGAGCCGCGAGAGGGAGAAGAUACGACUGCAGGAGAUGGAGUAUCUGCGUGAAAGGCAGGAAGUGUCGGCGCUACACAAGGAGUUUGUACGACGUCGAGCUGAAGAGGAGGCCUACUACGCACAACAGGAGCUGCUGCAGAAGGCAGAGGAACAACGAAGACGCAUCCUGGCACAAGAAGAAGAAAAACUAACACAACAGAGGACAAAGUUGGCGGCCAUGAAGAGGGAGCUGAAGGUGAAGGAGCUGCAGCUGACGGAUGCAGCCGCCAGACGCUUCCUCCAACACCAGCAGGACCUGAGGGCGGAGCACAUCCACCGACUGGAUCGCCAGAUCAGCAGGAAGGUGGAGCUCCGAGAGCGGGAGACGGCAGCGGCGGUCGAGGAUCUGGAGGUCCGACAGAUGGAGCUUGAGGCCCAGAGGAAACGGCUCCAACAGCGCCUGAUGAAAGAACAGGAGCGAGCUGGGCGGAGAGUGGAGGAGGAGGUGGAGGCGAGGAUGAGGAAAGCAGAGGAAGAGGAUGAGAGUUUGACGGAGACAAAUGUCCAGGUCCUGGAGGAGGCGCUGGCGGAGGCGUGGCAGAGGGACCUGGACACAGACUGGCAGAGGGAGGUGGCCAAGCGCCUGCAGCGGGUUGACGGCAAAGGGGGCGGGAUGAAGGAGAGGUGGGCAGAGCUUCACAGGAAGACACUGGCUGAGGAGGACAGACUGGGAGACACCAUGAGAGACAUGAUAGGACGGAAGUUGGAAGAAGAAACCAGAACCAGAGUCCAGUUAAAGGAUCGGACACAGUACACAGAUGAUCUGAAACCGACCAGGACCGGGUCCUCCUGUUCUAAUGGACCUCCUCAUGGACCCGGCACCACCACAGGUCCAGUCCUGUCCAGUCUCGGCCUGGUGUGUCUGAACAGCGCUUCACCGUCUGAGAGCAUGUCCACCAACAUGUCUCUGGACCGGAACCGGACCCAACUGGACCACGGACACAGGGAACUGCUGAAGGACAUCCGACAGCUGAGGCAGAGGCUGGCGGCCAGAACCAGAGAGGGAAGCUCCGCCUCCUUGCAGUCCAUCCACACGCUGUCCUUGGUGUCCCAGUGACUGAACCCCGCCCCCUUGCCCUCACAGACAGGAAGUAGAGAUGGACCAAGCAGCAUGAACUGGAAACCUGAGGCUGGUCUUCUCUGGUUCACACUUUUCCACCUGAAGGUCACGCCAUUCAGCCUGAGGGUCACGCCAUUCACCUGAAGGUUACGCCGUUCACCUGAAGGUUACGCCAUUCACCUGAAGGUCACGCCGUUCCACCUGAAGGUUACACCGUUCACCUGAAGGUUACGCCGUUCCACCUGAAGGUCACGCCAUUCCACCUGAAGGUUACACCGUUCACCUGAAGGUCACGCCGUUCCACCUGAAGGUCACGCCGUUCCACCUGAAGGUCACGCCGUAUGCCUGAAGGUCACGCUGUUUGCCUGAAGGUCACAUAGGAUCAUGAUUUGUAGAUUUG